CCCUUCCCCUCCCCUCCCCGCCCCGCCGGCCGGCGGAGGGUCCUUCCCCGGGCAAAGUUGCUCGGCGUCCCCCGGGCGAGGGGCGGGGGUGUGCGGCGCUGCCCCCGCCGCCUCUCGCCCGUGUCGCCGAGCUAUUUAUUUAAAUCGCAGAUAAAGCGCCGCGCCGCCCGCCCUGCCGGGGACACGCAGUCUGGGCGCCCGGCGGGGUGGGCAGGAAGGAGCUCAUGGCCGGGAGGGCAGCCCCGGCCCCCGUGGCUCUGCUUUGCGCCCUGCUCUGCGCGGCAGCGGCGGGGGGCGGCCCCGAGGACAACCCCGCUCCCGGCGCCUUCGGCCACGUCUACCGGGGCUCCGUGAACAUCAGCUCGGAGCGGGUCUACGCCUUCGCCUACCGCAGCGAGCCCGGGCAGGUGGAUGCAGUGCGGGUCUAUGUGAACAGCAGCUCUGAGAACCUCCAGUACCCCGUGCUGUUUGUAGUCCGCCAGCAGAAGGGAGUGCUCUCGUGGCAGGUCCCACUGAUUUUCCGAGGCCUCUAUCAGAGGACCUACAAUUACCAGGAAGUGAGUCGGACCCUCUGUCCCUCUGAGCCAACACCUGAAACAAGCCCCUCUGAGCAGAUUAUAUUUGUGGACGUCGCUUCUAUGGCACCAUUCAAUAUUGCGUAUGAGCUGCUAGUCACCAGGCUGGAGAACUUCCAACUUGAGACCAACAAAGCCUUUAACUUCACUGCCAGCCCUUCCCAGCCCCAGUAUUUUCUGUACAAAUUUCCUCAAGAUGUCGAUUCAGUCAUUAUUAAUGUGGUGUCUGAUGCAGCCUACCCGUGCUCAGUUGUCUCUGUGCAGGAUAUUGUGUGCCCAGUGUAUGACCUGGACUAUAACAUGGAGUUCAGUGGAGUUUAUCAGUCUAUGACAAAGCAGGCAGCCAUAACAGUGCAGAGAAAAGAUUUCCCUGGUGAGCAGUUCUUCGUUGUGUUUGUCAUCAAGCCAGAGGAUUAUGCUUGUGGGGGUUCUGUGCCUUCUUCAAUUCAUGGGAAUGUCAACCGUACCUGGAACCUGCAGAGGACAAAGAACCUUCAAGUGACAGUUGUGCCCUCCAUUAAAAAGUCUGUUUAUGUCCAGGCCAUGUUCUUCAGCUUCCUGAGUUUCCUCUCCUUUUACCUGGGCUCAGUGGUUGUUGCUUUUGUGCACUACAUUAGGGUUCAGAGGAAGGCUUCAGCUGGGAGAUUGAGCCCUGAGCAUGGAUCUGGAAUGAUGACUUCUUCACACCCCAUCUCAGCCAGCACUCCUGAGGGAAGCAGCUACGGUGCUAUUGACGAGUCCAGCUGCAGCGGCGCUCGGCAGCUGUCCUCCCCGGAGCGCAGGGCCCCGGCCGGCUCGGACACAGACAGCUCCGUGGAGGAGGAGAGCGACUUCGACACCAUGCCAGAAAUUGAGAGUGACAAGAACAUCAUCCGCACUAAGGUGUUCCUUUAUCUGUCAGAUUUGUCCAGGAAAGACCGAAGGAUUGUCAGCAAAAAAUACAAAAUCUAUUUCUGGAACAUCAUCACCAUUGCGGUGUUCUAUGCUCUGCCGGUCAUCCAGCUGGUCAUCACUUACCAGACGGUGGUGAAUGUGACUGGCAAUCAGGACAUGUGCUACUACAACUUCCUGUGUGCUCAUCCUCUUGGGGUGCUGAGUGCCUUCAACAACAUCCUCAGCAACGUGGGCCACAUGAUGCUGGGCUUUCUCUUCCUCUUCAUCGUGUUGCGCCGGGACAUCCUCCACCGUCGGGCCAUGGAGAUGAAGGAUAUCUACACCCUGGACUAUGGGAUCCCAAAGCAUUUUGGUCUCUUCUACGCUAUGGGGAUUGCUCUGAUGAUGGAAGGGGUGCUCAGUGCCUGUUACCACGUCUGCCCUAAUUACUCCAAUUUCCAGUUUGACACCUCCUUCAUGUACAUGAUUGCAGGACUGUGCAUGCUCAAGCUCUACCAGACCCGGCACCCAGACAUCAAUGCCAGCGCCUACUCUGCCUAUGCCUCGUUUGCUGUGGUGAUCUCCCUGGCUGUCCUUGGAGUGGUGUUUGGAAAAAAUGACAUGUGGUUCUGGGUUAUUUUCUCACUGAUCCACAUUUUGGGCUCACUGGCUCUCAGCACCCACAUCUACUACACGGGUCGCUUCAAGAUCGACAUGGGCAUAUUUCGGCGAGCAGUGAUGGUGCUGUACACAGACUGUAUCCAGCAGUGCAGCCGACCAAUGUACAUGGACAGGAUGGUGCUGCUCAUUGUUGGGAACCUGGUGAACUGGUCCUUUGCUAUCUUUGGGCUGGUGUAUCGGCCCAGAGACUUUGCCUCCUACAUACUGGGAAUCUUCAUCUGUAACCUGCUGCUCUAUCUGGCCUUCUACAUCAUCAUGAAGCUCCGCAGCUCUGAGAAGCUCCUGCCCAUCCCCAUGUUCUGCAUCGUGGCCACAGCAGUGGUGUGGGCAGCUGCCCUCUACUUCUUCUUCCAGACCCUCAGCAGCUGGGAGGAGACUCCAGCAGAGUCCCGGGAAAAGAACCGGCCAUGCAUCCUGCUGGGAUUCUUUGAUGACCACGAUGUCUGGCACUUCCUCUCCGCAGCUGCCUUGUUCUUCUCCUUUCUGGUCCUGCUGACCCUGGACGAUGACCUGGAUACGGUGCGCAGGGACAAGAUCCCAGUGUUCUGAGUCCCCAGGGACAGGGGCGCAGAGGUGUCCCAAAGCUCUCAGCCAAAGGCACUGGGCCACUGGUGUCUGUGCAGAAUGAGCCUGCUUCCAUGGCCAACAGCCCAGUGGGAGCAGGGAACUGGAUCCCCCAGCAGGCAUGGAGGUGUGCUGUGGCAGUGAGGUGGGACCAGGAGGGAAGACGAUGUCACUCCUUUCCCGCCGCAUCCUCUGGGGCAGGCUUGAUCCAGAGACCUGUGCCCGUGCACAGCCCUCGGGCUGGUGGGUGCAGUGGGUGCUGGGGCCAGUGAGGGGGGAGGAAAGAGGAGGGAGGCAUGUCAGAGACCUUUGCUUCCCCUCCUCCCUGCUGAUGAGCUCCACUUCCUCUCUGGUGAGCAGGCUUGAGAAGUGCCAUGCCAGCCUUGCUGCACGGGGAGCUAAUGUCUGCGCCCUGCAGUCUGCUGCCCUCAGAGGGUCCCUUCAGCAGCACAGGGGGAGCAUUUGGUUCCUGUACUGCAGCAGCCGAGGGAGAAAAGAACUCCAAACUGAGGUGGCAGUGGGGGGAGUGUGGUUUCUUUUUUCCUCUUUUUGUUGGAGAGAAUCUUUCUGUAGCUGGUGGGAGCCACGGUACCAAGGCUGCAGUGUUGGUAGGAGGUGGUGAACUGGAGGUGCUCUGCCAGACUCAGAGCCUCCUGCCUUGCUCUCUUGCAGCCUCUCUGUCACUCCUGUUGAGCAGCCACGCUCCUCUGGCAGCUCCUGCUGGCACUUGGCAGUGCUCUGCUCUCUGUGGCGGCACCACAAGUGCUCUCCUCGAGCGACCCUGCGAGAGUGCGCAGCAAAGCCGCAGCCUGCUGUGGCAGCCCUUGGCUCCUGCUGGCUGCCUUGCCAAAGGGACAGGGUGGGACAGGGAGCCUUGCCAGCAGCCUCAGACUCUCUCCUCACAUGAGCUUGCCUUGGACAACCUUGGCAAAGUAGGUUCUCUUAUGGGCUGGGAGGAUGAAGAAGGUUUUGGGGCAGUUGGUGUUGGGCUUUUUAGCUGAAGAUGUGGACCAAAUUUUCUUCUCCAACUUGUUCAAAUCGGAAAUGAGUUUUUUAAUGGCUUCUGCAUUCUUUCCAGUUUCUUGGUUAUUUAAAAAACAAGAAUAAGAAUAAGGUGUUAAUUAUUUCAGGCCUUGCAUCUAAAAUGGGACCUGUUUUGCUAAUUUGCAAUUAAAAAGUGUUCUUUGAGGCCUGCUGUCCUUAUUCCUCUCUGCCUGAGCAUUUUUACUUUGGUGUAUGUGCAUGUAGCCAGUGAUGCAAAGUUUCAUUCCACUUCUGCUUACUAAGGCAGGUGACUCUGGUCAUGUUUUACUCCAAGAGUCUGUAUCUCCUUGAAGAGUUUUGCACCAGCUGGUUUUUAUUUUUUCCUAUGUUGGAGUUUGUCGAGAUGGUCAAUAAAAUGGAUGUUCCUGGUUC